AUGACAGAACUACAACACCAUGCUCAAAAUCACCAUGACCAAGGGUUUUCACAAAUUGUUGAAGAUACAUUUAUUGAUAAACCUGUAAGGUUUCAAGAGUAUGAUUUAUUGGAACGUCGUAACAAAAGAAGAGAGACCAGUGAUCCUGAAGUUGAAGAGGUUGCCAAAGAAUUGUUUAAAAAAGGACUUGAGGUUGCAUCAAAAAUUCCCGAAAAGUCUGAUAAAGAAACUUUAAAAGCUCAUGAAAACGAAAUUUUAGAAUCGACCAAAUUUCUUGUUGAAGCUUUUUUGAUUGACGAUAAAGCUACGGAAAUGUCACCAAGAAUUAUGACACUUGCUCAACAAUAUGAAAAACUUUUAAAAUUGGAUUUGAAUGAUGAUAUUAAUGUAAAACAAGAUAAAAUGGUUGAGGCAAAAAAGUCGGAAAAGCUUUAUCCACCUCAGGAUGGUCAUGAUAAUAUUGAGCCAGAAUUCACACGAGAGUCGCUUAUACUAGUCAUUUGGCUCCUUUUCAAUGGUAAACAAUAUCCGUUCUGCAUUCAGACUCUGAAAAUCGCGCUCAGCCAACUUGAAUCGAAACUUCAUCCUCGUCUCUUCCAUCUUCGUGCUUCGUGUUACCUAGCCACCGACGAUUUCAAAAAUUGUAUCAAAGACCUUGAGCGUUUAAUAAUGCUUAACCCUAAUUUCGUUGAUGCUUAUAGCAUUCAAGGUUCUAUACAAAUGUCACAUGGUGAUCGUACAGAUGCUGUUCGUAACUUCAAAAUUUAUAUCGAGAAGGCUAAUAAAGAUUCAACAUCUUAUUCCCACGCUCUUUAUGCUCUUUCCGUGCUGACCGGUCAAAAUACUACAACGGGAAAUCGAAAAGUUAAGCAAACUUUACGUAAUCAACAAGCUCUUAAUUACUACAAAAAGGCCAAGGAAGCGGAAGAAAGGUAUAAAUAUCUUUACGGACGCAUUCCUGACAUUACUGAAGUUAAACGUACUGCGAUAGCAUUAUUUGAACAAAAAGGAAGCAAAGAAAUUAAAGUUGAAAAGGAUUCAAAGAAAGAAGCUGAGAGAUUGGCGCCAAUUUUUCAGAAAUUACUUGCAUCACCUCCUAAUGGUGAACAACAGAAGAGAUGCAAGACUUGUGGUAGUCAAACAAGACAAUAUGUAAGUGGAGAAUCGGAAUCAGAAAAAAAAAAAAAUUUGUUGAUUUGUGCUGGAUGUUCAGUUGCAAAUUACUGUUCCAAGGAUUGUCAAAAAAAGGAUUGGAAGAACGGACAUAAAAAAGAUUGUGCUCCUCUGGAGAACAUGAUCUGCAAUUCUUUGGAAAAUCACUUGUAUAGAAACGCAACUUUUCUCGCGGAAAGGUUGUUCGCACAGGAUAUUACAAAUGAAAAUUCGCGUUUUUUGUUGGCAACUUGUCAUUAUCGAAGUGGUCAACAAAAAGCUGCACAUACUAUUUUGAACAAUGCCGAAUCGAUUAAUUGCAAAUAUCUAUUUGCAAGGUGUUGUUUGGAUCUGGAUAAGGCGGAAGAAGGCAAAGAGAAACUACUUACUAUUGUAAGUGGUUUAGAGACACGAAACCCACUGGAUCCAUUUGUUGACUCAAAACUUAAUCAAACACCAGAUUUAGCAUCCGUUUUAUGUUUAUUGGGAUCUUUAUGUAAAAAUGCGCGUCGUCUUGACGAUGCUGCUCAAUAUUAUGUUCAAUGCAUAAAGAUAAACCCAUUUAUGUGGGAAGCGUUUGAAAAUUUAUGUCAAAUGGGUAAAUCAACUCAGAUAGAUAUUGACGAAAUAUUCAAACCAAAAAGUGAAAAGGUCAUGAGUUGUAGAACUCCAUGUUCAGACAAACUAUACAAUUCACAAAUUUUUAUUUCCAAUCCGACGCAUAAUGGUGAUAGGAGUACACCCGAUCUUGUUCGACGAAUUCCACGGCCGUCUUCUACAACAAGGCAUGCUACGCAACCGUUAACCUCGACACCUGCAUCAGAUAAUAGGGAAAAGAAACGAUCUCGUACUGGCAAUAACGAUGUAAGUUGUGGUCUUGGUGAUGAAAAUAAACUAUAUCGACUAGGAAAAGAUGUAAGAUCAUUUGUAAAUGUAGAAAAUGAAGUGACUGAAGCUUUACAGAAAGCUACACUAGAUCCUGAUAAUAGUUAUGAUAAAAUGGAAGAUAUUGUUUGGAAAUCAAAUCGUAAUGAAGUUUUGGAAUUAUUACAAAAGAUAGCUGAAGGUUACGCAUACCUAAAUCAAUACGAAUGUUUGAAAGCUAUAAAAGCCUUCGAGGAACUUCCUGAAUCACAGUGUAAUACCGGUUGGGUUCAAAGUCAUAUAGGGAAAGCACACUUCGAAAUGGUCAAUUACUCUAAGGCCGAGCGAUGUUUUCAAAAGGCACGUCAAUUGGAACCAUAUCGUUUAGAAGAUAUGGAAAUAUUUUCUACAACAUUAUGGCAUUUACGUAAAGACACUGUAUUAAGCGCACUUGCACAUGAAUUAGUUGAAUUCGAGCGACUUUCACCACAAGCAUGGUGCGCAGUUGGUAAUUGUUUCAGUCGACAACAAGAACACGACUUGGCUUUAAAGUGCUUCCAAAGAGCGAUACAUUUAGAUCCAAAAUUCACUUAUGCACAUACUUUAUCUGGUCAUGAGAGUAUGGCCAAUGGAAAUUUUGAAAAAGCUCAAGAACAUUUUAGGAAUGCUUUAAAUACAAAUAAACGUCAUUAUAACGCUUUGUAUGGACUUGCAAAUUAUUAUAUGACAUGUGACAAAAAAUCUAAAGCGGAAUAUCAUUAUAAGAUGGCAAUGGGAAUUAAUCCAAACCAUGCUGUCCUAAUGUGUUGUUUAGGAAAAGUAUACGAGAAAAUGGGUAAGAAUGAGGAGGCUCGAAAACUUUAUGAUCAUGCUUGUCAAGUUACACCUCGGACACCUCUGGCGAUAUUCAAAAAAGCGAAAUCAUUAUAUAGGGAUCAUUACUAUGAGGAAGCACUUGUUGAGCUUGAAAAACUUAAAAAGAUGGUACGAAACGAACCCAAAGUAUAUUUUCUCGUUGGAAAAAUUUAUAAAGCGAUGGGAGAUAAAACAAGGGCUUUACAAAAUUUCACAAGGACGUUCAAUUUAGAUCCAAAAAUGACGCAUAUAGUUAAGACUACAAUAGAAAAAUUGGAAAAUGAUAAUGAAAUCUCAAUGACAUCAACGUCAGUAAUGUCAGAUACCAAUUUAGAAGGGGAAUCAUCAAUGUCUGAUAUAAUAAAUCAAGCCGUAUUAACGGCUAACCCGAACUUUGCAGAAUUAUAUGAACAUUUAAAAACACUAUACUUAGCACCUGAUGGAACUACAAAGGCGUUAGAAAAAGAAAUUGACCAGGAAGAUAUUAUUAAAGAAAGAACGGAAUAUUUGGAAAAUUUAACUUUAUAUAAUGCAUUACAACCGUUAUCAUUAAAAGUUUAUUUGAAAAAUACAAUGUGUAAAGAGAAAGAAAAGGUUUUGGAAACUUUGGAUAAAGUAAUAUCUUUUUCCGAGUCCAAACAAUAUUUGAAUUUUCGUCCGACAGAAUUAUCUUUAAAGAAUAAUUACAAUGAUGUUAAAGGAACAGAAGCAGAUGAUUCAACGACAAUAAGAUUAUUAGGGUUAACAGAAAAGGAAUUAUUUAAACGAGUUGAAAAUGAAUUAGAUUAUUUGAACCAUUUUAAAAAAAUCAUUUUAAACUCUAUCGAAAGCAAAUUAACCGAGCAAUGUGAAGACAUUGCGAAAUUGUACUAUUGUUUAGAAGAUACGAACUCAAAGUUAUUAUCAACAAAGGCUUUUCAAUUGGAUCAAGUAUUGAAACGUAAACUUGAAGAUUUACGAAUGUCUAAAAUUUGUCUUAUCGAAAAUCAAAUCCAAUUAGGAGAACGAAUUACAACUUAUCUAAAAGUCAUGAAAGAAAUAUUAAAGAAUUUAUGGAAUGUAAUAGAGGAAUUUAAAUAUCAUCAUGAAUUAGAAAAAAAUAAGGCAUUUAAUGAUUAUUUUAGUGGUUUAGUUAGGUCUAUAGUAUUAAAAUUAAAAGUUCUUCGAUUACAAGCAACAUUGAACGUUUAUGACAAAGAAACCAUUGAAUCUUUGAAUAUAAUUAGAAUGAAACUGGUUGAAGAAGAAAAUGAAAAAAAUGCUUUGAUGAAGAAUUUGAAUAAUCAAUUAACGGAAUAUCAAAUUAUUGGGGAUGAAUUUGAUCAAAUUAUACAAACGUAUUUGGAUAUCCUUAAAGAAAUUGAAAUUACUCAAGAUGAUAUUUCUAGGAUUAGGCAACAUUAA